AUGUCUGGACUCGCCGACUAUUUGGCAAAGAAUUACCUCACAGCAGACUCGGAAAAGAAGUCGAAAAAGCGCAAGAGAAAGAACAAGGAUGCUGGGCUCAUCAUUGACGACGAUGACAACCUGGGCUGGAAAGACAAGGCAGACGAGGACGAUGAGGAUGCGCCGAUGAUCGGUAUGGGUAUUCUGAUUUUCGCACGCUACACGAACUCGAGGCUAACAAAUCAUGCUAUAGUUGGUGGAGGCACACUCAAAAAGUCCAAGAAGAAAUCCAAAGGCACCAGUGCCGCGACGUGGACAGCCGUGGGUGUCGCCGCACCCUCACAUGCCGAACAACUUGCAGCCGAUGCAGCCGCCGCCGAUGCGAUCAUAGCAGGGACAGCUGCUGACCGCCAAAAAGCUGCCGAAGACGAAGAUGAAGCACCAGAGAUGGUAGACACAGAUGGCGUCAUGAGGAUGGAGUCUGGUGCAAAGGCAGGACUCCAAAGUGCCGCCGAGGUCGCAGCAGCAAUAAAGAAGAAACAAGAAGAGGAGAAGCGCAAGGCCGAGGAGGUCACAAAAGAAAUGGGGAGCGCCGCGCAAGAAACCAUUUACCGAGAUGCCAGCGGUCGUAUAAUCAACGUUGCAAUGAAGCGCGCAGAGGCACGAAAGAAAGCUGAAGAAGAGGAGCGUAAGAAGCGUGAGAAGGAAAAGGCAGCGCGCGGAGAUGUACAAAAUGCAGAGGCCGAGCGCAGGAAACAACAGCUACAGGAUGCGAAGACGAUGACCAUUGCGCGGUAUGCAGACGACGCGGAGCUCAACGACGAGCUAAAGGAACGAGGGCACUGGAACGAUCCUGCUUCAGGUUUCUUGCGCAAGAAGAAGGCUGGACGUAGUAUUACAGGCAAGCCUCUAUACCAAGGACCUUUUCAACCAAACCGAUACAAUAUCCGUCCGGGACAUCGGUGGGACGGCAUCGAUCGAGGAAACGGGUUCGAGAAGCAGUGGUUCGAUUCAAGGAAUCGCAAAGCAAAUAUCGAGAAACUGGAGUACCAGUGGCAGAUGGACGAAUAA